AUGGCGUAUAAAAAAUUGCAAACCAAUAAGAAAUUACCUCCUUUACCCAGGUUAAAAAUCAGAAGACCUACGGUUUCAAAAUCUACCAAUGAAUGCUUCGUUCUUAUGUCGUCUUUAUUAAAUUGCUGGGCAGCUAAUGGAGAGGGUUCCUUACAGUGUUCACCAUUUGAACAUGACUUAAAAAAUUGUAUGGAAACUUUCAAACCUAAAAAGGAAACAAUAUCAUCUAUUAAUUACCAUUCGGCUAGAUUGUACCCUAAAUUGAGAGGGAAGGUCAAUGAUUAG